AAAACUUCUUGGUGGCUGAGUACGAGUGGGAAGCAACCUCUGUCUCUCUCCUCUGGACGCUAAAAGACAUUCUGGAGUAUGUCUUCUGGCAAGGUGCUUUAGUUGCUGUUUCUUUUGUGAGCUGCAUUGCUGGCAAGGACAUGAAUUUCAAUCUCACCACUUCUCUGUCUCACAUACUGUGGUGUUAGUUUCUUUUAAAAUUAUGGCUGUGUCUGCUGCUAGUCUUUAAAAUCAUGGGUCUCAUGUCUUGGGCCUAGUGUUUUUGUCUCUAACGGGCCUUGUGAGUGUGAUUAGGGUUGUUUAGAGGAUGGUAUGAUGCAGCUGUAUUCAAGUGUUACAUCCUCUCUCUCUCUCUCGCCGGCGCACUCGAUCUCUCUCACCAGCAACAUGCAACCCACAAGGAGAAGCUCGUGGCUCAUGAAACUGAAGAAUGUCGAGUCUACUCCGAUGAACCCGCUCGACCUCUCCUCUGGGUCGUCCUCAGGCAAGCGGAGCCGCCGUCGCGUCUCAGCCGGUGACACUGCCCCUCUACCCCCCAACAUCGCUCUUGAAGUCGAGUCUCUCUCGGGUGGGGAAUCACCAGACGAUCACUCCGCCGAAGCUCCGAUGGCGGAAGACACUCCUCCGAAUCGCUCCAAAGAACAGAGAUUUGAGGAGAGUCGGAGUGUGUAUCAAACUAAGGCUCAGUUCUAUCCAGAGCUCAUGCGACCUUCAAGGAGGCCAAUGACUGAACGGUUCUUCUCAAUAGAAGCGACUGAGCGUUUCAGAGAGCUCCGAGGGAGGAAUUUCAUUCCUCAGCAAUCUAUCUCUCUCACGGACGAGAAUCUCUCGGAUGUCAGGAAAAUUGUGAUCGGGGCAGGCCUGAUUCAUACCCUCACUGAUCUCGAUCCUUAUCAGCCCAAUGUAAUCCGGGAGUUCCUUGCAAAUCUUCCGGAAGCCGAGGAACGAGACGAUGGUGUAGCGGUGUAUGUUCGAGGAUCGCUUGUUGAUUUCUCUCCGAGUCUGAUUAAUUCGAUGUAUUGCAUUCCGGGGUUUGAAGAAGAUCCUAAUUGGAUGGAUGAACGCCUUGAUGAAGUUUGUGGUUUUCUCACAGAUGGGCGAAUCAGACGAGGUGAGAACAUGAGUUCAAAGUAUCUCACAGCUACGAACCAGGUUCUGUAUAAGCUUGUCUGCUCGAAUUGGAUUCCCACCAGGAACUACACUUCAAUGAACCAAAGGCGACUCAGGUUCGUCUACAUGCUUCAUCAUCAUGAUGGAUUUGACUUCGGGAAACUUGUCUAUGAUCAGAUAGUAGCAAUGGCAGCGAACACUCAGACAGAGAAGACUCGGUGUAUCAUGUUCCCUAACCUGAUUCAGCAGGUCAUCCAUUUUCAGAGAACCAUAACUCCUGACUUGCUUCAUGAUGAGUUCACUGGAACACCGAAGCUUGUUGUCAAGGAUGUUAAGGCUGGUCGUGGGUCUGGAGCAGACUCUAGUGCUGCUAGCCUUGAGGAUGACAUCAAUCGCGCUAUUACGGGACUCAAAGCCAUUAGAGUUCGCCUGAGGAGGGGAGACUAUGAGCAGCAUGUUCCUCAUCCAGGGUUUGAAGAGAACGAUGAGCAGGAUGAAGAUGAGGAAGACGCGUAGGAUGGUCAUGUCUUAGUGCUUAAUGACAUUUUAUGCUUUAGUUCAGCUUGUACUAAUUAAGACUCAGACUGUGUGCUUCGACUGUGCUUUUAUCAAUUCAAUGUGCAAUUUAUUUCAAGGAUUGUGUUUUCAGUUGAUGAUCACUGGUUGAGUAGUCUCUUUGUCUUGGAUGUGUGUGCUGCUUGGAUGUUUGCAUUGCAGGUUGCAUAGGUUGUCACAUUCAGAUAAAAAGGGGGAGAAUGUAAGCUCAAGAAAAAGGAGCUUGUCGGAUUGAGAAACAGAGGAUGUGUUAUGCACAAUAUAGGAAGUGUGACUUGCUGUUACAAGUCGGUUAUGAGAUGAUGACGUGUCAAUGUCUCAUUGGUUCCAAGAUCUUACUUUGGCGUGAAGCAAAGAAGAUUUGGAAGAUUUGGGCUUAUCACAAUAUUUAGGCGACUAGGGUAUUGUGUUAAGGCUAUAAAACCUGAUUACUUUGUGUAGAUUAAGGUUAGCCGUUUUAGAUUGAAAAGCUAGAGCAAGAGGUUUGUUCUUGAGAGCUUAAGAAAGACAAGUACUCGUGGGUGUAUCUUGUGCUUUCUGUUUUGACAGAUUAGGAAUUGGUCCGUCUCUAGUCGUGUGUGACUGAGAGUAAUUCGGAUUAAACAGAUCUAGGAAGAUUGUUUAACAGAUUUCUAAUAUACAAGAAAGUGUUCUUGGUA